AUGGCAGCUGUUGUUAUUUUUUUUCAAUACUUGUGGGAAGUAUUGAAACAUAAAUAUUUUAUCAUUGUGGCCGGUAUUCGAAUAAAUCGUUUGCUUCGUUCAACGUCAUAUCAAGUCUCGUACAAACGACUUCUUCUUCAUGAUUUAUCCAAAUUAGGACCAGCCGAAUUUUGGCCCUAUGCGGAACAUUUUUGUGGAAAGAAAGGCGUCAAUCAAAAGAACGAUAAUGCAUUUGAUGUCGCUUGGUUACAUCAUGUAGCUCAUAAUGAUCAUCAUUACGAACACUUUAUUUCAAAUUAUUCACAAAUAGCUAAACGAGUACGGAAUGAUUUAGAAUUAGCUCAAAAUUUCGUAGGAGAAAUGCCUGACGAUGCUCUUCUGGAAAUGGUUGUUGACAAUGUGGCUGCUACUCGAUCGUACGAAGGAUAUUGGCCUAGUGGAACAAAAAAAGACGGAUGGAUAUGGAUGACGAAGUACUUCGAUCAUUAUGUUCUUCAUCAAAGAACUCGUAUCAAAUUUGGCGCUCUCCUUUGUGCUCUCGGUUAUGCUCAAGUGUUACCAAAUGAAUUCGAUUGGACACAAAUUUACCGAUCAGAUAUUACCUCUGAUGAUAGAAUGAAGCUUGCGCAACUCGAGACACUGGCAAAAAAAAUGGUACUCAUGGACUUUCUCAAAAGAAACGAUAAAGAGGCGGAUUCAUGA